AUGUAUCUGAACUUAAACAUCGGUAUACUUGGUCAUGUGGAUUCGGGCAAGACAACGUUAGCGAAAGCACUGAGUGCGAUCGCAAGCACGGCAGCGUUUGAUAAAAAUCCACAAUCUCAAGAGCGUGGGAUAACUCUCGAUCUUGGAUUUAGUGCAUUGCAGCUAGAUGUGCCUGACCAUUUGCGGGAGCAAUGCAUGGAACAGGGGUACGAAAAACUUCAAUACACCUUCGUCGAUUGUCCCGGGCAUGCCAGCCUCAUACGUACCAUCAUCGGUGGCGCACAGAUUAUCGACAUGAUGCUGCUAGUUAUCGACUCAGAAAAGGGAAUCCAACCACAAACGGCGGAAUGUUUGAUAAUUGGUGAACUAACAUGUCGGAAAAUGAUCGUUGUACUGAACAAAAUCGACGUGCUGCGAGAUCCAAUCCAACGGCAGAAAACACUAGAACGGCUAAAGAAAGGAAUUGCGGGUGUGCUUUCCAAGAUGUCUUUCGAUGAAACGCCAAUCGUAUCUGUUUCAGCAACGACGGGAGAAAACAUCACAACGCUAGUGGAUGCGAUGCAAUCGAAGUCUUAUGUUCCGCAAAGAAAUCUCGAUCUGCCGUUUAUGUUUGCCGUCGAUCAUUGUUUCGCCAUCAAGGGCCAAGGUACGGUUUGCACGGGCACGGUAUUACAAGGAACGUUGAGCGUAAACGAUGAAGUUGAAAUACCGAAACUAAAACUACAGAGAAAGGUCAAAUCGAUACAAAUGUUUCGCAAAAGCUACCAAACCAUUCGGCAGGGUGAUCGGGCCGGGAUUUGCAUCACCCAGUUUGAUCCGAAAUCGUUGGAGCGUGGUAUCGUGUGCGCUGCGAAAUAUGUCCAUUGCGUGUACGCAGCAAUAGUACGACUAAAUUGCGUAAAAUAUUACAAACGACCGAUAAAAUCAAAAGCGAAAUUUCACAUCACCUGCGGGUACGAGACGGUUGUGGCCACCAUACUGCUAUUCGCUGGUGAGGUAGAAACUUUUUCUUAUGCAAACCAGUACGAAUACGUAGAGGAAAUGGCGAUCGAUCAUGAAACUAAGGGGAACGUUUUCGCAUUGCUCGAGUUUGAAACACCAGUUCUUGCUACGGAAAAUGCGCUCAUCAUUGGCUCCAAGUUGGACAGCGACGUGCAUGCAGCAGAAUGUAGAAUUGCUUUUUCCGGACGACUGGCACUAGCCAUACGGGACAGCAAGUACACCGAUACGGUACUGUCGGAGCUGCAAAUAUAUAAACGGAAAGCAAAAACUGGUUCCAUUCACCGUGUCGUAAAUGAAAAGGAAUUAAUAGCGGUGGGGCUUUUUAAAAAAUCGGCCAACAACCGCCAAGCUUUCGUUGGACUCGGCAUCAGUUUGUCUAGCGGAGAACGUGGCAUUAUACAGGACACUUUUGGCGCUAGCGGGAAGGUAAAGUUACACUUUCCGGAACCCGUUGCAGCCGAUGUAUUGAACAGGAUAGGUCAAAAAGGACCAUCGUCAGCCGGCGAGGUAAAGGUGGAGCUUAGAUUUAAAAAGUUCCUUUUCCGUAAAAAUGCAAAAGAUAAAAAAGUUGUUCAAUAA